ACAAUAGUACAGCUCCGGCGCGGAUGACUGGGAGACUGUCCUCAAUGAGCUGGUGUACGCGGCGAGGAAUCGCGAUGAGGCAAGUUGAUCGAUCGCCGGAGCCUCCGAGCCCUACUAAAUAUCUCCUCCGCCCAACGAGGUAUCCCCGCGAUUUCCCCCCCUUGCACGGGGAGCCUCUACGGGGAGGGAUGGAGACCCGGGUUCUCCUGCUCCUCCUCCUCUAUGUAGAGCCGAUCAGCGUUUUGUAUGGAGUAGGCACGCACGGCGGCACAGAGCGCAUGGAAUCUUGUUCUCGCGUUUCUCCGUCAAAACUUCUGCUGUCAAAGGCAUUCCCAGUCACUAUUGUGUACCUGUGCAACCUCAAAAGGGACCGCCUUGUAUCCGUACCGCAGUAAACAAUGUAAUGCUCUACAUACUACCGUCAAAGGCAUCCCCGCUCAAGGCGGCGUGUGUAUAUAAACUGCAUCACAGUGUCGGACGCUGGGGUUUCUCCAGUGUACGCUCUUUGGCGGAGUUGCUGCAGCAGAGCAGCUCGUCUUGGCUCCACGUUCGAUUCUCCACGAAAGGGUGUGCACCUCAAUUGAAGACUAGGAUCCAAAAAGCAUACCCUAAAAAUCACAUACCUUACGUUCUAUCUGUAGCCCCACGAAAACACAUUCACUGCUCCACGUACACGUAUGUACGCCCUUUGCAGGCACACAUAAUAGCUAUCCGAGGCCGUACUCCGCUGGUUGGUCUGGGUAGCACGAUUGGCACUCCCGCCGUCGCCUGUGUGGGGACAGAACAGAUGCUUCACUCAGUUGAGUGGAUGCCCUCGAUGUUGUGCAAAGGGCCGAGGGGGGAGACGCAUCUCGGUGCAUUUAUCUCCCUAACCCCUUCGUCCAGUCGGCGACUCGGCACAGAGGACCGCGUCGGCGUGUCGACCACUACCCCAUGUCUGAUCCGCUCACUUCUUUGGUGCUGGCUGUUCCUUUGAACCGAAGUGAUCGACAAGAGCAUGCGCUCGUUGGCAGCGCGCCGCCAACUGUAGCACGAGGGCCCGAACCGAUUACAACAAACAUUGACAUGGUAAAGUAACCAAAGAAACGGGGAAGGAGCACACCUGUAGCCAGCGGCGUACGUGGGCG